AUGGCCAUCGACGAGAUGGGCCGCGCCGGCAGCCGCCGGGCCAGAGGUAUGGCGGACAUUCUGGCGUAUGUGCCGGACCUUAUUGUGAGCGAUUGUCUCAAGGAACAGGUGAAGGGUGAGGGCGGCGAGUGGAAGCCCAAGUUUGAGGCCUUUUGGGGCGCCGUGGUCUUCUGCGAUGUCUCGGGCUUUACCAAGCUCUCCGAGCGACUGGCGGCGGCUCCGUCCAAGAAAGAGGGCGAGGGCGCAGAGCGGCUGGUCGACUUUCUCAACGACUACUUUUCGCGGCUGCUGUCGCUGGUCCGUGGGCAUGGCGGCGAUGUGAUCAAGUUUGCCGGCGACGCGCUUUUGGCGUGCUGGCCGCAGCGCGACGGCGAGUCGCCUGCGCUCACCGUCCUGCGCGCGGUCCAAGCCUCGCUGGCGAUUGAGGAGCACAUGAAUGUAGACGACGAGGACAUGCCGUAUCUACACAUGGGCAUUUCUGCCGGCGAUCUCUUUCUGCUCCAGGUCGGUGGUACGUUCAACCGGUCCGAGUGCAUUCUCUGCGGCCCGCCGCUGCUGCAGCUCUCGGAUGCGGUGCCUGCUGCGUCACCCAAGUUCUCGGUCCUCUCGCCCGAGGCGUGGGCGCUGCUCCCACCAGGCUCGGUGGUCGCCGACGUGGUUUCGGUGAAAGGCGAGGUGGUCGGCGAGCCAGUGACCGCUGGCGACGACGCGAGCGCGAUGCCCGAGGGUGGGCUCAUGCGGGCGCGCGAGGUGCUUGAAGGCGUCGAGCCUGUGGCUGCGCACACGCACUCGAUCGAAGAGCUCAACGAAGCCGGCAUGGCGCUGCUGCUCCGGUUUGUGCCGGGUUCCAUCAAGGCAGCCGUUGCCGAGAACCAGCAGAUGUGGCUCGGCGGCUCGCGCAAGGCAUCGGUCAUGUUUAUUCACGUCCGCGGCAUCGACAUGUCGGUCGGCUCGUGCCUGCCCGAGGUCCAUGCUACGGUGCUUGCAGUCCAAGAGGCUGUGUACAAGUACGAGGGCUCGAUCAACAAGAUUCUGCUCGACGACAAGGGCUUUCUCAUUCUCGCCGGCUUUGGCCUCCCGCCGCUCUCACACGAGGACGACGCGCUGCGUGCGGUGCUCUCGGGCCUCCGGGUCCAGGCCAAGAUCAAGCUGCAGGGCAUCGAAUGCGACAUCGGAAUUACGACCGGCACCGUCUUUUGCGGCAUUGUGGGCUCGGCCUCGCGCCGCGAGUACACCAUGAUGGGCGACGUGGUCAACACGGCGGCGCGGUACAUGGCGUCUGCCGCCGGCGGCGUCUUUUGCGACGAGCCGACCACCGCCGAGUGCCCGCCCGAGUCGAUGCAGUUUGACGAAAUGGCGCCGCGGACGUUCAAGGGCAAGGCUGGCGUCUUGCGAGUCUUCCAGCCGUCGCGAAAGCGGCUGCGAAUCAUCAAGUCGCGCCGACCCAACAAGCUUGUCCGCUCGCUCGAGACCAUGAAGCGGACCAAGGCAUGCCCCCUUGUUGGUCGCCACAAAGAGUCGUCGCUCAUCUCGGCCGUGCUUUCGUCGCUCAAGCGCGGCGACUACAGCAACAAGCCCGGGCCUGUGCUCAUGUUUGAGGGCGAGCGCGGGAUUGGCAAGUCGCGGGUGCUGGAAGAGGGCAACCGAGUGGCAUCCAAGUCGCGGUUCAUGGUCUACGCUGGGCGCGGCGACUCGAUGGCCAUCAAAACGCUCUUCCACCCAUGGGCUCCGGUCUUCCGCAAGCUCCUUCGCCUCCCGCGUGAGCGCGAGAGCGACCCGGUGACCAUUGCCCUACUGCGGCAGGCUGCGCUGGCCACACUGCACAAAUUGCUUCCCGAGGAGCUCUACGACGCCAUUCCACUGCUCAACCCGGUCGUCGACCCAAUUGCCUUUGAUGAGCCGGAGAACUACGCGUCGCUGAGCGACAAAGAGCGUGUCGAUGCCUCGCUUCAGGUCCUCCCGCACAUGUUUGAGAUCCUCUGCCGAGCCCGCUCUAAGGCAGCCAUUCUUAUCCUGCAGGACUACCAGCUGUUUGACCCGCCGUCGCGGCUUCUAUUCAACGCCAUCAUGAAGCGGUCGGCGCACCACUCGCUCAAGCUCGGCGCCUUUGUCUCGGCUACUCCGCUCUCGUCCGGCGCCGACGACCCGCCGCCCGAGUUCAAGAUCCUAACCAGCCUCGAGUCGACCGAGAUCAUUCCGCUCAAGGCCCUCUCGCAGAGCGCGAUCGCCAAGCUCGUCUCAUCGCGGCUGGGCGUCAAGCACCUGCCCGAGGCCGUCAUUGAUCUUGUCAUCGGCAAGUGCGGCGGCAACCCGUUCUUUGCCCAGGAGCUCGGGACGGCGCUGCUUGAGUCUGGCGUCCUCGCGCGGUCGGCUGACGGCGAGUCGAUUGUGGUGGUCGACGAAGAGUCGCUCUCGCUCGACACGGCAGGUGUGUCGCUGCCUCAGGCGCUCCGCGGCGUCAUCACCUCGCGCAUCGACAAGCUUAAGCCAGCGCACUUGCGCCUUCUCAAGGUGGCUGCCGCUAUGGGCUCCAACCUCACCGCCACGGUCCUCCACAACGUGUUCACCAUUCUGGACGCCGCGGUGCCGGGCGCCAACUCGCCGUCGGUCGCCGAGCUCGAAGACGGCCUCGAGCGGCUGACUGCGCUCUCGUUCCUUACCUUUCACGACCUGACCGGUGCGUACCAGUUCAAGACCGCGCUGACGCAGGAUGUUGUGUACUCGCUCAUGCUCGCUUCGCAGCAGCAGGCUGUCCACGCUGCCAUCGCGCAAUACUAUGAGCGUGUGGCCGAAGCCGACUCGGUCGCUGUUGAGGCCCUCGCCUACCACUGGCGACAUGCCGACACGUCGCAGCCGGUUGUUGUCAACAAGGCCAUCCGCUACCUGGAGCAGGCGGCGAUGGCGUGCCUCGACCAGUCGAACCCGCGCCGAGCGCUGGCCCACCUCCAGGACGCACUCGGCCUCUACACCGAGCUGGCGCGGACAGCGGACGAAUCAUCGAGCGACGACGAGGUCGGGGCGAGCGGCGAGGCCCAAGCGGCGGGUGCAGAUGAUGAUGGCGGCGGCUUUGGUGCAGCGGCUCCCAACGGCGACGCGAGCGCGAUGGUCAACGAUCCAGCGCUGGUGGCCACAGUCAAAGUCCUGCUUCUCCGGGUGGCAUCGAUGGCGUCGCUGCAGAUCGGGCACCUCGCGCGGGCGCGGCGUUACGCGCUGCAGGCGCUCAACUUGCUCUGCAUUGACUACAAGGAGGACGCAUCGCUGGAAGAUCUGAUGGGGCAGGUCGAUACCACCAUCGAGGCUGUCAAGUCGUCGACGAUGCCGGACGACGCGACGCGGUCGUCGACGACGCUCGACGAGCUGCGGUUCCACGACGAGCUCGACGCCGAGAUGACGUCGUCGGGAGGCGGGUCGACGCGCAAGCGCAGGCGGACCAAGUACAGCACACUUAAGCGGACGUUCUCCGAGUUCCUGCAGGACAAAGAGCGGUUGAACUCGUCGUUCUCGGGCACCUCGACGCCUGCCUUUCUGCUCUCGUCAUCGAUGGAGUGGGCAGACUCGGACGACUUCAACUCGUUCACCACUCUCGACGAGUUCCGCUUCUCACUCCACGACAACGACGCCCUUUUCGGGACCGACGGCAUGGACUCGACCGACGAGGGUUUUGAGUCGGCAAACGACGAGCUCGCCGCUGCGCCGUCGUCGGCCGCAAGCUCGGCCGCGGGUUCACUACGCCACCAUCCAACCUCGCCUCUUGCUGCCGUCCCACCGACGCUCGCAUCGGCGUCGUCGACGUCGGGAUCGGAGUGCUCCAACCGCGACGGCGACGGCGUUGUCGCUCUUGACGCAUCGUCGUCGUCGUCGUCGUCCGACUCGUCUGACAAGACCGGCUCUUCGAGCAGCUCGUCCAGCGACGGUGCCCAGUCAGGUUCGACCAAACUCGCCGACGUGACUGUGGAAGAAGAGCAGGCCGCCGAGCAGGCCAGCGGCGUCGGCGGCGAAGCUCAAGCGUCUGCCGGUGGCGAGGGAGCCCACGAUGGCGAGGCCGAGAAGGACGAGGGAGGAUGCUGUGUAGUCCAGUAGGCUACCGCGAUGUCUGCUAGAUUUGGGAUAUGAACAUAUACCGAUGCUG